AUGGCGGGCAUUGCUCAGCAUGUAUUGCGGUACGACAUGAUCUACGGAACAUGCGUUCUGUUAUUUUUCGGAUUUGUACCCAAUUGGCGGCUGUUUCCUGGCAAUUCUUCCCAUCCUGAUGAACGCGCCUUCUCCAUUACAGUCACCGAAAUUGCGACUUUAACCCAAGAACCCAGCACGAUCACGACCAAGAUUCCCGACACUGUUUAUUCCACUGUUACGAAGCAGGUGACAUCUGUCUCCCGUUACGUGAACUACCUUACGAAAUACACUCACUACCCGAUUGAUCCAGCAACACCGUGUGUAACAUAUACGCAUACCUACUCCUCCUACCCGGUAGCCACGCCUAUUUGGAAUGAGACAACCGCGGCAGUUGUUUCUCCAGAUGAUACAACGACCGGAUUCCUUCUGGGAUGGGGCACCUGGAUCUUUUACUCUAUGUGGGUCAUCGCGAAUAUUUUUCUGGUAUACUACAUCUUUGUAAGACCCAUACCGGAUAAGCUAGACGAGCUCGAAUACAGCCUAGUGUUGCAGAAGGGUCUUCUUGAGUCAGAGCAAAAGAGACAUUUGGAGACAAGGGAAUGGACGGAUAAGCUUGCAACCCUGCUAUUAGAAUUCAAGAAAAAGAAUGAUACGCUGGAUCUCCGUGUUAAGGUGGCGGACAUCUUGUUUCAAAAACUUGGUAUUUACGAGGAGGGCAGUCCGGAACCCGAUAACGAAACACUUGCAGAAAUGGUCGAAGCCAAGAUCUGUGAGAUAUCGGCCCUAAGGCUGGAGAGGAAGAGGCUUGCCCAGGCCAACGCCAUCCACGUAGCGGCAAAAUCAUACCUUGAAAAGGAGAUUCGGGAACGCUUGAAUCGCGACUGGAGUGCCCAGUUGAAUCAAAAGCAGGCAGAGGUGAACCACUGGCGCCACUAUUUCACCCAGAACGCGGAUGAAGCCAUGAAGAAAACGCAAAAUCUUCUAGAGGAAAACAAGGAAAUCCAGGAUCUUCGGGAGGAGCUCAGGAGGUUUCGGGGUGAAAACCAUGUCUUUAAUGAAGAGCUAUAUGAAAAGAGACAAGAGAUCGAAAGACUAAAAUUGCUUGUGAAGUACGGUCCUAAUGACUCACCAGGAUGCGCCUUGGCGUUUGGUGACCCUGUAGAUAGGUCUAAGCUACCGCAGGACCGCGCCGGACCGAAGCAGAACCGCACCGGACUAAAGUAUGAGCGUUAG